CGAAGUCCGAACCUAAUCUGGACCGAAGCCACUGGGUCAACUCUUGCUUUUCACUGACCUAGCUUAGCUAGCUAGCAUAUAUCUUUCCAGGCGGCGUUGCAUAUGAUGGUCAGUUGUUUGAGAUUUGAAGUUGUGUGUAUUGUUAUUUGAUUUCAUUACAUCGAUGAGUGAAAAAACUCCAGCUAAAGAAAUACAAGAAUCUCGAGAGUACAAGUAUGACCACGAAGGAGAUCAGAGCUGAAAAUGUAGAAAUGUAUUCAGAGGAAAAUGGUAGAGCGAACAAACGGAUUAAGGAUUUGCCAAUUGAUAGACUUAGCGAAUUGCCCGAUAGCUUACUUAUUCACAUCCUCUCUUUUUUGGGUGUGAAGCAUGCUGCUAUGACGAGCUUGCUGGGGAAAAAAUGGAAGUUCCUUUGGGCUGAACUGCCUACGCUUGAAUUCGAAUUCUAUUUCUGGGAUAAAAACGAGAAGCCUGACAAAAUACUUAAUUUUGUCGACGGGGUUAAUAAGACUCUUGCUACUCGUAGUGAAAAUUAUCUGGAGAAGUUGAAGGUUGUUUUUAAGUACAGGGAACGCUUUGCUCAAGAUGUUGAUAACUGGCUAGAGUUUGCCUUGAAAAGUAAGGUGAAAGAUAUCCAUUUGAGCAUAAUCUUCAGCGAAGAGUUCUACACUCUUCUUGAGCUGAUGUAUUCCAAUUCAUCAUUGACAUCAUUGUCCUUGCGAGGCUGCAUCUUGGAUCCUACAGGGACAAUACAAUGGUCGUCUUUGACCAAAUUGCAAAUUUCGGAAGUGGAUUUGCCUCAACCUGUAGUUGAAAAGAUAUUAUCAGGUUGUCCAGUUUUGAAUUACUUGCAACUUUGUGAGUGUUGGGGAUUCACUUGUUUGAGUAUCGCAUCUCGAAAUCUAUGUAAACUUUGGGUGCAGGACCCUGAAUCCGAAGAAACUAAACAGGUCCUGCAAAUUUCAGCACCCUAUGUAAAAUCUUUGAUUCUAUGGGUGACUCUUGAAGAAACACAGCUGAAGCUAAUAAACAUCUCAUCUGCUGUUGAUGUUUUAUUUUGUUUUACUGGAUUCUUGUCCGAUUUGCCUUCCGAUAAUGUACUAAGUAAUACAAAGGAGUUUUUUCAAAACAUUCAGCACAUCACAAAGCUUCGACUGGGGCCUGGCCCUGUUAAGGCUCUAGCAGCGCUGGUGUUGGAUGGUUGGCAGCUUCCACAAAAUAGGCUAAGAUGUUUGACAAUAGAUAUGGUAUGUGAUGCUGCAGAAACCAUUCCUGGCAUUUUAGGCCUGCUGGAAGCUUCUCCCCACCUCGAUAAGUUAAUCAUUGAUUCUAUUGACCCAUAUGUGGUAAAUAUUCUCCAUGCAUGCCUUGAAUUUUCAAUAUUUUUGUAUGAAUGUUUGUUUAGCUUUAUUUUUAUGUUGUUAACAUAUUUGAUUUCUAGCAUUUCAAGAUAUACUCAGCAUUUUCUCAGUGUAGGUUUGUCUUAAUUUUGUUGUGGUUGUAGUUAGAUGAGGAUUGGGUCCCACCUGCAAAGGGUGAUUUGGAUUGUGACUUAUUGCACCUGAAGACGAUUAGAAUGUCUAACUUGGCCAAUCCAAAUCUUGGCGGUGAACCAAUGCUUACAUUGGCCCGAAUUUUUCUCAAGAGGGCAACUGCUUUGGAAGAGAUGAGGAUUUGGGUUAAUAUUGAUGAUACAAAUGAAUUUAUCAAGAUAGGUCAAACCUUGCUUACAUACCCGGUUUCCUCACCAAACGCAGUCAUCCUCCUACCUUAGAUUAUUUCCUUUUGUUUGCUGUAUGUUUUCACAACUAUGUAAACCAUUUAUGGUAGCUAAGCUACAUCUUUUUUAAUAUGGUCCACACUUCUAUCAAAUUUCCAGCAGAAGAUAUCUUUAGUUGGAUGUGAAUCGAG